AUGAUCAGAUCUAUACAAAGGUUAGCACCGCAUGCUCCGAUAGUCAAAGUUGGCAGCUCAUCUAGUGAACUUCAUUUUGCAGAACCACCCAAAUAUACGCUUGCACAAUUACGAAGUUUUCCAAGGUUGGAACCAAAAUCAUUUAUUCCUCUUCCGACAAACUUUUUCCAUACAGAAAUUCCAACAAGACGUGAUAUAUUAUGGAGUGCUACCGUUUUCGAGGCUGAUCGUGCUCGAGUGGGUUCAAAUUAUGUUACAAAGAAGUCGGAUGCACCAUUUUCGAAUAGGAAAGUACGUCCUCAAAAGGGUUCUGGUAGAGCACGUUUGGGUGAUGCUAAUUCGCCGCAUAUGUUUAAUGAUGUUAAAGCUCACGCGAUAAAGGGACCGCACGACUGGUCUACCGAGAUACCGAAAAAAGUAUAUGCUAGAGCUAUACAAGUUGCAUUAACUACCAGAUACAGGGAUGGACAUAUGUUCGUUAUUGAGGAUCAAUGUGAUUUCAAACAGGAUAACCUUGAAAUCACACAAAGUUUUGUAUCUGCUCAUAAGUUCAACAAUUUGAGCAUGUUGUUUAUAGUUGAUUCGGACAGAGAUAACUUAGCUAAGAGUAUGCAGACGUUUUUUCUCAGUCCAGGCAGGUUGCGGCUAAUUCAUCCUUUUGAAAGACGAAAGGCUAAAUCCCUUGUCAAGGGUAAGGUGAUAAAAAAGGAAGAUGUUGAAGCUGGAGAUAUCCUUGUAGCCAAUCGUGUAUUUGUUGAAAAGUCCGCGUUGGAAUGGCUUAUUGCUAAAUAUGCAAUAUGA